AUGCCUACUUCUGUACAGCUUGCUAUAGUGAGACUUCAUCAUAAAAUAGAAAAACAAAAAAACAAGGAGACCUUGCGAGUAGUGACACUGGAUUCUUGGCUUGAUACUGAAAAUUCCUUUCCUGCUGUUACUACCUAUUUGAAGGACUCAACAUUUAAAUUCGAGAGGAAGCAGAAUAGGCUGGAGAGAUAUGACAGGAAUGUAACUGAGAACACUUUGAAGGCCAUCAGGAAAAUUGAUAGAAUCAAAGUUGACAGGGAGGCGAAACAUAUUAAAAAGAGGAUAAAAGGAAAGAAAGCCAAUGAGCAGAGAGAAGGAACGAAGGAGCUCGAGCAGUACAUUCACUUGGUCAAAGCUCCUGCUGUGCUUGACAAAGAGCCAUCUCUUACACUGCCCAUCAAGGUCAAGGUUUCGCCAAAGCAGUCAGAUGAAAAUCCCAUGGAGGAAUGA